ACCUCAUUUCAGACUUCUGCUGUAUAUAUAUAAGUUGACACCAGUGGAUUCAUCUAACAGACACAGUCACACAUCUCUCGAAGAGCAGCUCAACACACAGUCACACACGUACAACGCAUUGUUGCCAUGCCGAGUCUAGAUACAUCAGCACCACGGGAGCUGCAGCACCUCAACAUGGACACUGAUAACAAGAAGAGGGCAGGAAACCUGAAGUCUCGGCUGCAGCGUAGAUCGUCUCAAGCCGCUAACACUGAGGGGCUUUGUUAUGAGGAGAUGUCCCAGUGGUCACACUCACUGGAGAGCCUUCUAUCAUCCAAAUACGGCAUGAAGAUAUUCCAGGCUUUCUUGAAGUCAGAGUUCAGUGAUGAAAACAUUGAGUUUUGGCUGGUGUGUGAGGACUAUAAGAAGAUCAAGUCUUCCUUCAGGAUGUCCUCCAGGGCCAAAAAGAUCUUCAAGCGCUAUAUUCAAGCUGAGGCUCCCAGAGAAAUCAACAUUGACCACAAGACCAGAGAGCUGAUCAGGCGGAACAUGAAGACGUCCACCGCCGUGUGCUUCGACGAUGCCCGGAGGAUUGUCUACGGGCUGAUGGAGAGGGACUCCUACCCACGUUUCCUCAGGUCUGACAUCUAUCAGGCUCUACUGGACUCCACAUCAGAAUCAGUUAAGAUGUGAAGAAAGCAGAUACCACAGACAUGUUUGUAGAAGCUGUACUGUGAAGCUGAGCCUAAUGCGAGAGAAGCUGUGUGUUUGCUUGUCUUGGCUAUCAUGCCUUCCUUCUGAGGCGGAGAUGACAUGCGUCGGGGUUGGCCACGGCCUCAUAUGACUGUGUUAGAAAGGAGAAGUCCACUUUGUUGUAAAAAAACUGAAGACGGUUUGUUCACAACCAGCUGGUAUAUUGAGAAGGGACGGAUAGAGGCCAAAAAUGGUUACUGCCGUACAUUUUCAGAAGUGAUAACUGCUGUAAAGCACAGGACUUCCCAGAGAUGCCACAAUUAUGUAGUGGAAAUAGAAGGGGCUUUCUGUACGAAAUGCCAGGAAGUGUAUGUGGUGCAACCAACACCCUCCACCCAAGAUACUAGUGCUCAGCUAAAGAUUGCACACCAUCUUAUGUUUAUUGUUGUCUCACUAAAGGAAUAGAAAAGUACGCUAUCAAGAUGUGUAUUUUUAUGCACAGUGUUAUGAAUUAAAACAUUUUUACAUUCUGACAACAGUACUGUCACACACUGAAAUGACUGAUAUGUUACAUUUAUAAUGAUUUGUGUUAAGCUAUAUGUAUUCCACAGUUUGUGAGAAUGUUAUGUGAAUGGGAAUAUUGAGGUGAAUUUGUACAUAUUUGAUAAUAAACUAUAUAUUUGCUUUUAAA